AUGGCAUCAUUUCUCCAUCGUAUGUCAUCGUUUGCACAACAAACAUAUAAAAAUACAUUGAAUGAAGAAGAAUCUAAUGUAGCUGAUUGUUUAUCAACAAUUGUCGAGAAACAAACAAAAGAUAGAAAUUUACUAUCAGAAGUUUCAUCAUCAUCCAAAAAACAACAUCAUAAACAAAUGCGAAAACGACGAUGUAGUGUACCUGCAAUCAUGUUACAUCACAUUAACACAUCGGCAACAUGUGACGAAAACACUGAAGUAAACUCACUAGAAAGUAGUUGUGUCAAUGCAAAUAUAACAUUACCGUUGGAACAAAUGUUGUUACAAGGUAAAACUCAACACCUGCGUGGUCAUAAUCAAACCACUUCUGAUACACGUACAAUGGCAAAAUUUGGUUCGUUUUUUCGACGUAUUUUCUCAUCGUUCAAUAACAAUAACAAUAACAAUAACAACGACGAUAAUAAUAAUGUUCAAAUAAUUCAUAAUAUUAAUGAGAAACCUGAAUUGAAAUGUGGUAGCACUACAAUGACUGAAGCAAAUUCUCGUCAAAGUUGUGAUAUUAUUAUUAUAUCAUCGGCCGAUAAUCGUAUUGGACAACAACGAGUUAUUAUAGAUGAUAAUAUUUCAAAUAAUUCAAAUUAUCUUUCUUCAUCACCAAAUCUCUAUAAAAAUUCAUGUCGUCGGUUAAGUGCACCGAUUAUUAUAUCACCAUCAUCAAACGAUAUUGAAAAUCAAUUAUUAUCAUCUCUUCAUCGUUUAUCAUUAUCGUCUUCUGCGGCAAAUGCUGCUACUCUUGUAUCAACUGUUAGUGGAAAAAAUUCACCAACUACAGGUUCAAUCACAUUAUCAAAUAGCAAUUUGUCAUCAACAGAAUUCAAAUCUGGAACACCUCCUGUGGUGCCUUCACCUCGUUUGAGUAAUCAAUCGAAUUAUUCUUCUUCGUCCAAUGCUAUGAAAGAUAUUUACUCCGGUGAUAAUAAUAAUCAAAUUGACAAUUCUAGAAAAAUGUCUAUGCCAAAUAGAGGACGAAGACCUUCAAUGUUUGAUCCUAUCGAUCCAACAGAAUUACAAGCAGCUUUAUAUGCUACGGCUAUCGCAAAAUCAAAUUCUCCAACUUGUCAAAGUAGUGAUGAAGAUCAGAAUCAUGCUCAUAUUCAAUGUUCAAUAUCGUAUGAUCGAGAUAAUGGUCGAAUUCAAAUUGAUAAUAUUUCUUUUGAUAAUAUUUUUUCUCUUGAAUCAUUAUCACAACAAGGUCCUCAAUAUACACCAUGUGAUCCAGUAAUACCUAAUUUAUCAUUUUAUUGUCGUUUUCGUUUACAUCCUGAACGACGUUCAUUAUUUCAAACAAAAAUUAUUCGUCUCAAUCGAACAUCACAAUCACAUUUAUUCGAUGAUGAAUUGAUAUUUGAAAUAAAACCAGAAUUAUUACUGAAUCAUUCAAUUGAAAUAUUGAUGUAUACUAUAGGUAAAAAAAAUUUCAAAGAUGUUCGAGUGGGAAUAGCACGUAUUAAUCUACAAGAAUUAUACGAAUGUGAUCGUGUUCGAGUUAGAAAAGUAUUGAAUGAAAUUGAAAAUAAUACAAAUCAGGAUCCAGAUCUAGGAGAAUUAUUGAUAUCAAUGUCAUAUUUGCCAAGUGCUGGAAAACUAGCUGUAGUCAUUGUAGAAGCAAAAAAUUUGCGUCCUUUGUCAAUUGAAAAUUCGUGUGUUAAAGUUACAUUACUUCGAGAUGGACGAAAAAUAAAACGGAAAAAAACGAGUGUACAGCGUUCAAAUGACAAUCCAACUUUCAAUGAAGAAUUAGUAUUUGAAUUACGUAAAGAAGUUGCUGCUGAAACAAUGAUUGAAAUUCGAGUCGUUCAUGAAUCAUUAUCGUGGAAAGAAAAUUUAGGAUGUGUUCUAUUUAGUUCACCAUCUUCAACGACAAAAACCGAAGAAAUUAUACCAGAAUCAGUUCAUCAUUUCCACUAUGCGAGCAAAAGUCCUUAUUUUCCAACGCAAACACGUUUUAAUUUUACUAAUAAAACAGAAGGUUGGACAGAAAAUAAUUAUUUUUAUUCAUCAAAUAGCUAUCAGACAUCAGAACAUAUUGGCACUCAUCUCGAUGCACCAUAUCAUUUCUCUAAUGUAUCAUGGACAGUUGAUCAAAUACCAAUCGAUCGUCUUAUCUCAGUCGAUAGUUUAAUUAUUGAUGUUUCAAAACAAUGCCAACAAAAUAAAAAUUAUGAAAUAACAAUAAAUGAUAUUAAACAAUAUGAACCAAUCAAGCUAAGGAGAAAAAAUAUAUAUUUUAUUAUCUUAUUUUAUACAGGAUGGACAGCAUAUUGGACAGAUCAAUUAGCUUACGCUGGUGUCAACUCUAAAGAAGACAGUUUAAGUGGAUUAGAAUUUCCAGGUUUGAGUCGUGAAGCAGCUGAGUAUUUGGUAAAGACAUACGCUCAAAAACUAGUUGGAAUUGGAAUCGAUACAUUAUCAAUUGAUUCUGGACAAUCAAAAGAGUUUUAUGUUCAUCAAAUAAUAUUGAAACAUAAUAUAUACGCAUUAGAAAAUGUGGCUGCAUUAGAUAUUGUUUUGAAACAAUUAUAUAAGUCAAAAUCGGAUCUUAUUUUAUAUGUGUUUCCGAUGAAGAUCGAAAAGGGAUCUGGUGCCCAAUGUCGAAUCAUAGCUGAUGUACACGAAAACGGCUUUGAUCGGUUUGAUAAAUUUGUUGAAGUUUAG